AUGAAGGCAAGAGAGGCGCUUUGCUUUGAGCUCUGGACGAAACACCCAACAUCACAAGGUGACAAAGGGACUUUGGAUAAGAACGCAGGCAACCAAGUGAGGUUAAGCAUGGGCAUCCGGCUUGCGGACAUCGCGUCUUGGAAUACGAGGAUCAGAGCGCUGGCCUGCUGCGGCUUAGCUCCCGAUGCCGAGGCGCUCUUUGAGAUCAUGCCCAUGAGGAGCACCUCAACGUGGAAUAUCAUGAUUACGACAUAUGCCCAAGCUGGGGAACUGUCGAAGGCGAGCAUGGUUUUUGACGCUACGCCUGCACCCGAUGUUGUAUCUUGCAAUGCGAUGCUUCAGGCGUUUAUCCGCUGUGGGGAUUUGCAUCGUGCAUGGGCUUUCUUCUCUAUGACGCUUUUGAAAAAUAUCAUCACCUGGAACAUAGCAGUGCAGGCGUUUGGAUAUCGCACUGUGUUUGCGUUGAUGCCGUACAGGAAUGUAACAACAUGCAAUAUCGUCGUAACUGCAUAUGCCAAGGAAGGGCAAAUGCUGCAUGCAUGGAGAACGUUUGUGGAUAUGCCUCACAGAGACGAAACCGCAUGGAACUGCAUCAUUCAAGCCUUUGUCACAAACGGAGAGCUGAGGAAAGCUGAGAAGCUCUUUUCCAUGAUGCCAGAGCACACGAUACUUUGCUGGAAUGCAAUGAUUGUCACAAACAUGCAGAGUGGAAACUUGGAGAAAUCUGCUGCUUUGUUUAAAAGAAUGCCCCACAGAGACAUUAUUUCUUGGAAUGCAUUUCUUACAGGUGACACAAGAGACUCUGGUUUCAUUUCAGCGAGAAAACUGUUUGAUAGAAUGCCAAUGUGGACCAUUGCAUCGUGGAAUGCGUUGAUCACAGCAUAUGCCAAGUGUGGGCAAGACAGGAUUGCUCUUGGAGCCUUUUACUCGAUGCAGCUUCAGGGUAUCCGUGAGGAGAUGGAAACACUUGCAAUUCUUCUGGGAUCCUGUGCAAGCCUCACGGAUCUUUCCCAAGGAAAGCUCAUUCACUCCUGCUUCCAUGACAGACACUUGAAUCUUCGACUCCAAACAAAGGAGCAUUCAAGAACAAUGGUGUCAAGCGCGUUGAUCAACAUGUACGGAAGAUGUGGCACCAUCCGUGAAGCCCAAAACGUGUUUGAGAACACCCAAGAUGCAAACGCAGUGUUGUGGAAUGCUAUGUUAGCAGCAUUUGCCGCAAAUGGGCACUUUGCGAAAGCCACCUCUGUGUUCUGGGACAUGGUUUUUCAAGGUCUACAUCCCACAACCUCAACUUUCUCCAUUCUCCUGUCAAUGUGCAGUCACGUAGGGCUGUGGAGCGAGGGCUACACAUACUUCCUCUCCAUGAAAUCGGAUUUCCAUCUCCAGCCAAGCGAAGAUCACUUUGUCUGCGUCGUGGAUUUGAUCGGUCGCUCUGGAUGGCUUGGAGCUGCCGAGGAGCUCUUGCAAUCCAUGCCAUUCGAGCCCGGCGAAGUUGCGAGGCUGGCUUUGCUAGGGGCUUGUAGCAGCCACACCGAAGAUCACAUCCUCCCGGAAGCCAAGCUAUGGACGUCCGAGUCCUAUGAUUCUAAUUAG